AUGCCACUGACACUUUUUGAGUUUGCGGAAAUCAUUGGAGUCCCACAAAUUUCAAUGCUAGUUUACUCUAGGAUUUGUCCUGCAAAUACUUUCCUUGAGUUUCUCUUUUAUUCAGUUCCACAGUAUCUAGUUUUAAGGUUUAUUGAAAGAGCAUACCUCGUUUACCUAGCAUUGAUUACUGUGCUUUUAGUUGUUCCUACAAAAUACCACCGCACUUACACAACUCACACUGAUCCCAUUGAUAGAAUGAGAAUGACCAUUUCAUUUUUAGUUUGUCUUGCUAUCUUUGCUGCUGAUUUUAAAAACUAUGACAGCGGUAGAUUCGGGAAGAGCAUGAACUGCGAGUUUAGGCUAAUGGACGUAGGCGCUGGAUCUUUUGUAUUUAAUUCUGGCCUUGUUUCAUUUAAGGCUAGCAGACAGAAGAAAUUAAUUAACUCUGGAAAAUGCUUCUUUUUUGGGAUUUGCAGACUUUUAUCAAAAAUUUUGCUUAGAGUCGAUAUUAAAGAAGCAGAGUUUGGCAAGCAUUUUAACUUCUUUAUUGAUCUGGCACUUUUGAAUCUAAUUUCAAUAUUUGUAAAUCCACAAUUUCCAUAUGUAAGUGGGCUGGUUUUGAUCUUUUGGUACCAAAUAGCCUUGUUCCUCGGGCUUGAAGCUAAGAUUCUAAACAACGAUAGAAAAAACUUUUUCACUGCAAACCUUGAGGGAAUAGUGUUUUUAGUACCACAAUUUGGCACAUAUCUGAUGUCACAGGAAAUAGGAAAAUCGGUUGUUAUGGAUAAAUCCAUGAAAAAGGUUGUGAUGUACUUUAUGGCUUCUGUUGCUUUGUUUUGUGGAACUUACUUCUACGAGCCUGUUGCAAGAAGACUCCACAAUGCACCGUAUUGUCUUUUAAUGCAUGUGUCACACACGGCCAUUAUCAUAUGUUUUGAUUUUCUCAACAUUCAUUUCAAGAUUGGUGAGCUUAAGGUUAGUACGUUUGGAAGUAAGAAUAUGCUAAACAUACUCAUUAUUUCAAAUGUGCUGGUGCAGGCUGCACGAUACAUUGGAUAUUUUGAAGAAUCCAGCGAUAUCAAAGUAGCCAUUAAAAUUCAGAUAUAUCUAUUUAUAAUAUUUUACCUUAUAUUUAAAAUUCAAGGAUCUUUGAAGAGCCAAGCAGCGGCAAAGGUGGAGGCAAGCACAGAUGCAAAACCAGUUGGCAGUAAUGAAUCAAUUAAAGCAUAG